AUGGGCCGCACCGCCGGUUCCUCGUCGAGGCAGAAGAGGAAGAGCGCGGGAGGUGGUGACGAAGAGGGCGAGCUCGUUCGUCCGAGGGCGUCUUAUUCAGGCGUUGUGGUUGCAUCGGCCGCCAUUCCCCUGGCGGCGAAACAAGCGGCGGCUCCUCCUCUCGUGCUGCCGAUAAAACAGGACGCGGUUGCGGUUGCACCGCGGGCUUCACCUCCCGCGCAGCACCAAUCACCCCGGCGGCGCGUCACCAACAGCGCACUACCCCAGCCGGCCGCCGUCGACGGUGCCACCGCGGCCAACAAUGCCGUCAUCGUCGGGGCUUCGAGCGCCACUGCUUCACCGCCUUCCAUCAACGGUGCCACACCCGCUUCCCCACCGUUUCCGUGGGCGACCAACCGUGCCGCCAUACAUCACCCGGUCUCCUAUCUCUUCGAGCGGGGCAUCACCACCGUGGAGGGUGAGGUCAAGUGCAAACGCUGCGACGUCCUGAAGACGGUCUCCUACAACAUCGCCGUCAAGUUCAGGGAGGUCCGCGACUUCGUGUCCCGCAACAUCCACGACAUGGACGACCGUGCACCUAAAGCGUGGAUGACCCCCGCUGUGCCGGACUGUGACGGGUGUGGACAGAGGAACAGCCUGCGUCCGGUGAUACCGAAGGAAAAGGAGAGGAUAAAUUGGGUGUUUCUGCUGCUGGGGCAGACGCUUGGGCUAUGCUCGCUGGAACAGCUCAAGUAUUUCUGUGCGUGCACAGGUCAACACCGCACCGGCGCCAAGGACAGGGUGCUCUACUCCACCUACAUGGAGCUUUGCAGCCAGCUCUGCCCUGACAGGCUCUUCAACCUGACCGCGGAGAGGCAGAAGAGGGGUCAGCAGUAUUCCUGAGUACCCAAUCCAUGCAUGUCACUGUCCAUAUGGCGUUUGUAAGCCAAUUAAUUAUGUCAUUCUUAUGUCUUUUAAUCUAUCUAUUGAUCAUAUCGAAUAUUGGACUGUUGCAAUCUAUAGAUUACUACUUCCUGGCUUCGAA